UCCAUGCUUUUCAAGACUUCAGCUCCGGACUUGAGUCUUGGUCUUUCUCCACUUCCUUCCGAAGCUCACUGAUAAAGUUUCGGGGCAUCAUCUCGGUUCCGUUUCGUAUUUCUGUCACCGCAAAUGGUGACCGCGACACCACUAACUCCUCCUUCAAACAGCCAGCAAGCCGAAGCCGAAGCCGAGGCUGAGAAUCUGAGCGUCCCGGAGUUGUUUUCGGCGCUGAGAAGGGCAUCUCAGGCCGAUGAAUUCGCCCGAAUCGAAGAGGCAUUAGCAGCGAGAGAAGCGAAGCUGAAGCAAGAAAUUGAGCGGCAGAGGCACGAGAAGGCAUUGAUGGAGGAAAACCACGAGUUCGAGCGGCUCGAGAAGCUCAAAGCAGAGGACGAGCUCAGGCUCAAGCUUUCUGCGGUCAAGGUAGAGGCGGUGAGCGGAGAGGAGCUGCCGGAGAAUGACGAGGACAAUGAGGUAGUUUCGGAGCGUCCGGGGGAAAAAUUGAGGAGGACGAAGAGGAGGAAGGGUUUGAGUGAGAGUGACGGCAUGCAGAGAAGAAGAAGCGAGCGUUUGGCUGCAAUCGCUACUGAUAGUGCUGCAGACAACUCUGCUUCUGAUGAAGAAAAUGGAGGCCUGACAAUUUCAGGUUAUAGAGGGGACGAAAGGAAGCCGAAGAAGUGGAAGAACAUGGGAAAAUUGAUGGAAAAGCGGAAGACGGGAAGUGGAGGAAAAUAUAUACAAUAUCGUUGUACUAUGAUGUCAUUUUUUAAUACGAUGAAGCGAGUUAAGAAACACUUGAAGGAAGGGCACUUGAAGUUGCUUCAACAAACUCCAUUUUGGCCAUUAAUAUCGCCAUUUUACAAUGGUGUGAUUUCCGAAGAUCAAUGCAGGAAACCAGUGUCUGGUAUCCGCAACAUCAUCAAGUGCUACAACUCCACAACAAUGAGUUUUGAGUUUGGUAGCACAUCUGCAAGGAUGACAACCGAAGAUAUCGCUGAAAUUUUGGGACUUCCUCUAGAAGGUGAAGAAGUACAAUUGAAAGGAUCAACAAGAUACAGAUCAGAUUUCACCAACAGAUAUUUCGAUGUAAAAGAAGUGUCCAAAAAGAUGGUGGAUGAUGCUUUAGAAGAAGCGAUAAAAGGGAAGAGAGAAAUCGAUGUUGUACGCCUGAUUGUACUAGUACUAUGCGUUUCCUUCUUAUUUAGUGGCACAACCCACUUCACUUCAUGGAAUAUAGUCAAGUAUUGUGAAGAUUUAGAGAAUAUUUCAAGAUAUUCGUGGGCAAAAGCAGUGGCUGACCUUUUACACAAAUCAUUGCAAGCAUCGACCAUGAGGUUCGAUGGAUGUACUGUUCAUGGAUGUGUGGUUGCCAUAAUGAUUUGGUUGUGUGAGAAAACUAACCUCAUACAACCAAUCAGUGGAAGGGAGGGACAGAAACCAGCUCUUGUAAAGUGGAGCCUGCAAGAACUGCACAUGAAACUGCAAGAAAUAGACAUUGCUGACGUUGGGCUGAGCUUUAAGAAGGACAAGGGGAAGAAGAAGAAAAGAGGAGAAAACAAAACAACAGGUGAAGAAGCUAAAACUAAUGGACGAGAAGAUCGAGAACAAGGGGAAGAUGUGUUUGAGUUGGAGACCUGCAGUUCGCAGUUUGAGCAGCGUAGUAAGAAAUUGAGGAAGGGCAACAACUUGCAAAGAAGAAGUGAGCGUCUGACUGCAAACCGUAGUGCUGCAAACAAUAGUAGCAGUGUAAGCUCUCUUCCUGUUAAAGGAAAUAAAGAUCUCGGAAUUUCAGGUUAUAUAGGGGUCACAAAGAAGCAGAUGGAAAAUAGGAAAACACAAAAAAGGAAGAUGAGAACGUGGACAAGUGCAGAAGGGGGAAAACAUGUGCAAUACCGCUGUAAUAUGAAGUCAUUUUUUAAUACAAUGCAGCGAGUUAAGAAACACUUAACUGAAGGGCACUUGGAGUUACUUCGGCAAACUCCAUUUUGGCCAUUAAUAUCUGCAUUUUACUAUGGUGUGAUUUCUGAAGAUCAAUGCAGGAAAUCAGACAGUGAUGUCCUUAAAAUCAUCAGAUGCUACAACUCAAUAACAAUGAGUUUUGAGUUUGGUAGCACAUCAGCAUUGUUGACAACCGAAGACAUUGCCAAAAUUCUGGGACUCCCACAAGAAGGUAAUGAAGUACAAUUACAAGGAUCAAAGAAGUACGAAUCAGUUUUUACCAAAAAAUAUUUCGAGGAGAAACACGUGUCAAGAAAAAUGGUGCACGAUGCUUUGGAAGAAGCAAUAAAAGGGAAGAGAGAAAAACAUGUAGAGGAUGUUGUACGCUUGAUUGUACUAGAACUAUGCGGUACCUUCUUGUUUUGUGACUCAGGUGGGUUAAAUUCAUGGAGUCUAGUAAAGUAUUGCGAAGAUUUAGAAAAUAUUUCAAGAUAUUCAUGGGCAAAAGCAGUGGCUGACCUUCUACACGAGUCGUUGGGAAAACGGACCAAGAUGUCGGAUGGAUAUUCUCAUCCUGGAUGUGUAGUUGUCAUAAUGCUUUGGUUGUGUGAGAGAACUAACCUUAUACGACCAAUCAAAGGAAGGGAGGGACAAAGACCAGAUCUCGUAAAAUGGAACUUGCAGGAACUGCACUCAAAACUGGAACAAAUAGACGUCGCUGACAUUGGCCUGAGCUUCAAGGACAAGGAGAAGAAGAAGAAAAGAAAAUAUAAUGGGAAAACACACGAGGAAGCUGAAAUUGAUGGACAAGAAGAUGGAGAAGAAGGGGAAGAUGUGUUUCGUGAUACAGUGGGCUCAUCGGAAGACAAACUCCGAGUUCAAAAGACACAAUCACAAUUCAUCCCUGCUCCCACUAUUUCGAAAAUGGUUCAAAAAGCAAAUGCUGAAGUUUCAAGAGCUCAAAGAAAAGUGGACAGGCUAACUGGAAGGUUGGAGAGUAAGAAGGAAAAAACUAUAAAACUGAGGAGAAAACUAAAAGAAGAAAAGGAGGAAAAGAGAAAGCUGAAAGAGGACUACGAGUUCGUAAUUGCCGAGCAGAAAUCAUUGUUCGGUUCUCUGAAAGGUUUGGUGAAAAAGCUGGAAGGAACACUCGAAGCCGAAAGGGAAGAGGUGAAAAACCUAAAGAAAGAAAAAACGGAGCUGAUCAAGGAAAACCAAGAACUCAAAGAUCAGCUACAUCAAGGGAGUCCGUGCACCGCAAUGCAAUUGAGAGAAGACGUACAAAUUGUGACAAGCACCGUAAAGAGGGCGUUAGAACCGGAGUUCGGGGACGAUCAAGGCGGAAAGAAGAAAAGGAAAGGAGAUGAGCAGAAUGAAACAAGGGUUCAUGUUUUAUCUGAUGCCACUGCUGCAGGUAUUCUUGGAUGAACAAGUGUUAGUGUCAGUGAGGAAGCAAGGAAAUGGAAAAUUACAUUUCUUAUCUCUCUCUCUCAUGUAUAAUUAGCAAGUUUAAAUAACAAUGAAAGGGGCAUGAAUCCGUAACGUGUAAGUUUCUCUAAUAAAGUUUACGAAUUGGAACCCAAGAUUAUAAUUA